AUGGAUAUUGAAAAAGUUAAGACUGAAGUGAUUAUUAAAGAUGCUAGAGAAAUCGAUGUUGAAUUAGUGAAAUUAAUUUCACUAGCAUCUCUCAUCACACAAACUAAUCAACUACAAACUACUAAACAUAAUCAUCUGAUUUUAGUAGUG